AUGGGGCGCCCUCCGGCGUACCUAUUCGUCGUAAGACACGGCUACCGGCUCGAUGCGGCCGACAAACAAUGGCAUCUCUCAUCCCCGACCCCGUACGAUCCGCCUCUCACAUACAGCGGCUGGCAACAAGCCAAGAGCUUAGGCGUCAGAAUCGCCUCCAUCAUCCGCGAGCGAGUCGAGGAGGACGAGCGGGCUGCUGGUCAGAAUUCGAACCCGAAACCAAAGCGAAAGAAGUACGAAGUUGUCCUCCACAGCUCGCCGUUCCUACGAUGCAUCCAGACCUCAAUCGCCAUCAGCGCCGGGCUGGCCCAGGACUCAACACCAUUUGGGCCCGCGAGUUCCCCAACUGCGCCGUCCGAGUCGAAAGAUGAGGCGACUGGUCCUUCUAAACCGUCUGUCGUCACCGACCUCCGAGACACAGCAGCUUCGGCGAAUUCUACCAUAAUUCGGAAAUCGGUCCUGCGCCUUGAUGCCUUCCUCGGCGAGUGGCUAACACCAAAGUACUUCGAGUUCAUUACGCCGCCCCCCGAGUCCGUCAUGAUGCUGGCCAGCGCCAAGGCCGACCUCUUACGCCGCGAGGACUACAGCCACCAUGCAAACUACGUGUCACACCACCACUCGAACUCUACACCGAAUCACCAGUCCAGCAGCUCGCAAGGGCACCUCUGGAGCCCUAUCGUCCGGGACUCCCCAACCUCUCCGUUCGGUGGCAGCCAGUCGAACGGGUUCGGAGCCCCUACCAACCCGUCCCCGUCGACUUCCAUCCGCAGCGACAAGGAACCGCGGACCCCCGGGCCUGGCUAUAUCUCGCCUGUCCCGCACUACGCGAUCGGUAAUAACAACACCAUCCCGGCGGGAUACGUCGCUCAUGCCAGGGACGCUUGCAGCAUCAUCGACUACCAGUGGCACUCCACGAGAAGUGUCCUGGACUGGGGCGACGGCGGGUCGUUCCCCGAGGAGUGGGCGGCGAUGCACAAGCGGUUCCGUACGGGUGUUCAGAGUUUGGUUGACUGGUACUCGACCGCUGAGAACCCAACCCGGCCGGUGACCAAGAAUGUGAGGAAUGCGCCGGUGGGUGGGCCUGAGGACGGCGACGAGGACGUCGAGACAGAGUCCAUUGUGAUUCUUGUCUCCCACGGCGCCGGCUGCAACGCUCUGAUCGGGGCUAUUACGCAUCAACCCGUUCUAAUGGACGUCGGCAUGGCGUCCCUGACAAUGGCUGUCCGGAAACCAGACUCCGAAAGCGAAAACACCAUCCCGCAGAAAAUCGGGGACCUACCACCGACCCAUCACCUCUACGACCUCAAGCUCUUCGCCAACAGCGACCACCUGCGCUCUCCCGCCACAACCCCAUCCAGCCCCCGUCCGCCCCCCGUUUCCAACCCCUUCAACGGCCCCCGAUCGCGUCACCUGUCCUUCUCAACCUCAGGCAGCAGCUUCUACUGGAACGACGGGCCCGGCAACAGGAGCCCCUCCAGUGCGGGUCUAGGCGGGUACCGCAAGAGCCCGAAAGACGACUCGCCCGUACCACGGCUGUCGUUUAUCAACAGCACCGCGACUGGUGGCGGAAGUAGUGGUGGCAUCACAGUCGGCAGCGGCGUGACCUCCUUUGCGGCCACGCGGCCAUCCCUUCUAGCUCAAGCCCGAAGUGGGCUGUGGACGCCGACGGGCGAGGAAAGUGACGAGGAUUCGUUUGGGGGUCUCAACUUUAGCCGUUUCGACCCGCCGGCCACUGUCGCAGCCGCGAACGCCGCCUCCCCACUAGCAACCAAACCCACUGCCACUACCUCCACCACUACCAACGAAACCGCCGAGCCCACCCUCGGCGCCUCAUCCUCAUUAGCGAAUGGAGCUCCUGGCCUAACAACACAGCGCUCGCCCAAGCCAGAGCCGGACCAGCUUGGGGCUGGAUCGGGUGGACUGUGGGGCGCGCCAAGGCCGCCUGAUGAUGCAGAUAGGUUUCGCGAUGUCACGGCUUCGAAGAGGCGGUGGACUGUUAGUGAGCGGAGUUAG